AUGCGAUUCUUCAAUUUAGCCUGGCUGGUGCCGGCUGCCCUAGCGGUCUCGACCGUCAAGCGUGAUGGCAUCACUUACAACGUCUUCGAGCAUCGUGCGACCGGGUCAAAGCUCGAAUUCGUCAAGAACUCGGGCAUCUGCGAGACGACCCCCGGGGUGAACCAAUACUCCGGAUAUCUCUCGGUCGGAGAGAACAUGAACAUGUGGUUCUGGUUCUUCGAAUCUCGCAACGAUCCCAAAAAGGCUCCCCUCGCAGCAUGGUUCAACGGCGGCCCUGGCUGCUCGUCCAUGAUCGGGCUCUUCCAGGAACAUGGUCCCUGCCACUUUGUCGACGGCGAGAAGAAGCCGUCGCUAAACGAACACAGCUGGAACAACUAUGCCAAUAUGCUGUACAUCGAUCAGCCGAUCGGUGUCGGUUUCUCCUACGGCACUAAUAAUGUCACCAGCACCGAGACGGCUGCUCCGUACGUGUGGAAACUGCUGCAGGCAUUCUACGAUCAGUUCCCAGAAUACGAAAGUCGGGACUUUGGUCUUUUCACCGAGGUGAUUGGCUUGACUUGGAAUCCCUAG